AUGUCGAAGAACACAUUUAUAUCUGACAGUCAAGACAACAUCCACACUGCCAUCUGCCGCAAACCAACCCACACGGAUCAGUACAUUCAUUACCUGUCAAAUCACCACCCUCAGAUCAAACAAGCCAUCAUUGCCACCCUCACCCGACGAGCUAUAGCCAUCUGCAAUUCAGACAACCUCAGCCAAGAAAUCCAUCACCUAAAGCACACCUUCAGUGCCCUCAACGGAUACCGUAAACAGCUAGUAGAGAAGACCAUACGCAAAACCCUGGCCUCCCAGCAAAAAGACCCUAAUCCCAAGUCCAAACCAGCCCCAUCACCUAUCCUCGUCAGUAUCCAAUACAAAUGUCCCAUAAGUCACCAGAUCAGCAGACUGCUCACCAGUACAGCCAAAAUAGAUGUCACUUUCACAUCAGACAGAACACUAAAGAGUAUGCUACAUACUAAUGGGAAAGGCCACAUUCAGUCCACCCCAAAUCUUAGAGGAUGUGUAUACGAAACAGCAUGCAACUGCGGAGACAAAUACAUAGGAGAGACAUCACGCCCCAUAGCUACCAGGAUAAAAGAACACAAGACCUCUGUAGAAAAAUCUGACAUGAAAUCUGCGCUUUCGGAACACCUCAUCAAAAAUCCCGACCACCAUAUUUCCUGGCAACAAACCAAGAUUCUACACACCAACAUCAACCACUGGAAGAAGCGGAAACUUCAAGAAAGCAUCGAGAUCCAGAGAAAGAAGCCAGUCAUUAACCGGGACCAAGGCAUUUACCUUCCCAGUGUAUACUCUGUUGUCCUAUAA